AUGGUGUCAGCUCAGGAGGCUCCUGCGAGGAGGGCACUGCCCCCGGGGGAGGCCCAUGAGAGGCAGAGACUCCCCAGUGCUGGCAGCGAUGAGAGAGGUGAGGCGUCAGGGACUGGGGAGGUGACCAAGCAACUGGGGUGCAGUGUGGGGCAGGAGGAGUUGGACACCAAGACAGGAGGGGAGCUCUGGGAGGCGGACCCGGUGCUGCAAGCAGGGGCGCAGAGCGGUCAGCAGGGCGCACAAGAUGCAGCAGGCGGGGAGGUGGCUCUGCACUCCAGCUGGGGAGCACCGACCCCACAGCCAGGCUUGUGGGAACCCCAGCCCACCCUGCGCAAGGGGACCUGCAUUGGGAGGCUGAAUUUAAAGCCACACGACUCAGGAGGGGUGGAUUGGCUCAGAGUCUCCCUUGUUCCCCCAGGCCCUGCAGGUACAGACGGGGGAAAGGAACAGUCUCUUACCAUAUCUUUCUCCAUUUUAGUGGGAAUAUCUAACUCACUUCUGGCUGCCAAAGGAUCCGACUGCCCUGAUGGCUGGGUCGGGUACCUGGGGAAGUGUUACUAUUUCUCAGAGACUGAAGGGAACUGGACCUACAGCCAGAAGAACUGCUCUGCCCUCGGUGCCUCCCUGGCUGUGACUGACACCUUUCGGGACCUGGUUUUCAUGUUACGAUAUAAAGGCACCCUUGACCACUGGAUUGGUCUCUGGAGGGAUCAAGAAGGGCAGCCCUGGAAAUGGCCCAAUGGCACUGAAUUCAACAACCUGUUUGAAAUCCAAGGAGAAGGUGACUGUGUUUAUCUGAACAAUAACUAUGCCAGAAUUGUUGGCUGCAGCUUAGAGAAACACUGGAUCUGCAGCAAACGGGAUGGAUAUACUGCGAGAAAGCAAAAUGCCCCGUGAUGCUGUCACUUACACUGAACACGCUAAGCGGAAGACAGUGACUGCCAUGGAUGUGGUCUAUGCUCUGAAACGCCAGGGUCGCACUCUCUACGGAUUCGGGGGCUAAGUUUCCAUCCCGCUUCAAAGUUGAAACAUCCUCAAAAACACAGGAACUCGAAGUUUCAACAGCACUGAAAAGUGACCUGUAAAGUUUGUGCCCUUUACUAUAUCUCUAUGAUGUAUAAAUACUCUCUUCCUUUUCUUCAAAAAAAAAAUAAGUGUACUGUAAAUGCUGUGACGUUGCACUCCAUGUGUUUUAUGGGAAUAUGCUUUUGAGUGUUUCUAUGAUGUAACUGGAAUAUGCUUUAUUCUAAAGGUCUCUUGUAUCAUUACAGAGGUUAUAACCUAUUGCAGGGGACCCCAAUGCAGUGCCUGCGGGUGCCGCGUCCUGGCCGGCAGUCGAGCAUCUGCCAAAAUUCAGCAGCAUUUCGGCAGAUGCUCAACCGCCGCCACAGUUCUUCGUCUGGCUCCUGCCAGAUGAAAAGGUUGGGGACCACUGAUUGAAUAUAUUCAUCUUGUUUGUAUGCAUAUAUUAUUCUUGUAUCUGACACUAGAACUAUGAAGUAUAACUCUGAGCUCCUAUUGUAAUUAUGCAAAG